GCGCGAUUGAGAAAUGAAUAUGAAUGGAGCUCACAGAGCAUGCUAGUCAAGCUAUCAGACUAGCUCAACGGCUUCUCCUCCACAUCCCAUGAUCAUCAGUCGACGACUCAAGCUCAACCUCCACUUUUACCAUAACUACCCCGGUCAAUAAUUUGAAGAUACCGUGAUAUGGUACAGUGCUCCUCCGAUUGAGGACGAAGAUAUGGACACUAUUCGCCCACGCAAGUUCAACCCGCUCAUCAAUCCGGUAAAUGCAAGGCCGGUUAUUGUUGAAAACGAAGCCUCAUCCACAAACCACAUAUUCCUCGCUCGCCCAUUACUAGGACCUCUCCUCUUCGAAAACACAGCAUCAGAUGCACGCGACCACUGCGCCAAUGAACGCACAUUCCUCUCCUGGAUCCGACUCGCCAUAUACCUGGCCAUAGUCUCCUCGGCAAUCCUGAUAUCAUUCCAUUUCUCCUCGCAGCCCACUCAUAUCGAGCGCGUGAUCGCUCUACCCAUGGGCAUUGUAUUUUGGUGUAUGAGUCUUGCCUGUCUUGCUAGUGGGUUUUCGCUAUAUGUCAUCACCGUGACAAAGUAUAGUCGGAGAGCGGCGUUGGUGCAGAGUGGGUGGAAGACGCAGGCGGUGAUUACGCUUAUGGCGACGGUUAUUGUUGGGUGUUGUAUUCUGUUUUUGGUUACACAGUCUAGCAAGGUUUGA